GAGGAGGAGGCUGGAACCCUGGCUGCCUCUGUCACCGCCUCUGCUUUGCAUUAGCCCCCACCCCACCCCCGCGCCCCUUCGCAGCCGCAUUGCAAGUUUUCAGCGCGGGGAGGAUCUGUUGCUGGUGCUGGCAUUCGCAGACACAGCCCUGGAGGCCACCCCGGGUGGGGCGUGCAAGGGAGCACUAGCGGGUCACAGCCGCAGCAACAGGAAGCCGCGGGGUCUCCUCCCGCACCUGGGAAGGAAGCUGUGCUAUAGCUCAGCUUGCGCAUCCGAGUGUGGAGGGGCCGGCUGGAAUUUGGGGGACUUGCCUCCGCGGGACGCCACCAACCUUGGCUUCCACACACUCGCCCCCACCGGGCUCCCUCUGAUCUGGGGUCCCCCUAGACGCUCUCCUCCGGGGGGCAGAGGUCUCACUGCAGCUCUUUCUGUCCUUUCUGUAGUGAUCGCCGCUUGGGAAUGCGGGUGUGAAGGGUCCGAGCUGCCGCCCAGCGGGGAGGAGACCCCGGGACGCCGGAAAUCACCAUCCUGAAGCUACGAGAAAAGGGGAAAGAGCAUUCUUCAUUCAGUUUUGUGCCUUGUGAGGGAUUUAUAUUUUCAAUCGCUGUUUUUUACAAGAGAAACAUCUCUGUGCUACCGUCUGUCACCGUCUCUGAGGAAUCAGCCAGAACCACCGGAACAUAACUGAACCGACACAGAGAGAGAGAGAGAGAGAGAGAGAGAGAGGCAGGAGCCGAGUCAGUACCUGCAGCGUCCGGGCACAGGAGACCUUGGAACCGGAACGCGUCUCGGGAGGCCGCGGGGCUGCGGCUCCGCCAAACUUUGGGGCGGGCAGGGGCGCCGAGAGGCUUCGUAGACGGAGGGCAGCCCCCUAACCAUGAUGUUUCGCGACCAGGUCGGGGUGCUGGCGGGCUGGUUUAAGGGCUGGAACGAGUGCGAGCAGACUGUUGCGCUGCUGUCGCUGCUCAAGCGCGUGAGCCAGACCCAGGCCCGCUUCCUCCAGCUCUGCCUGGAGCACUCGCUGGCCGACUGCGCCGAGCUGCACGUCCUGGAAGGAGAGGCCAACAGCCCGGGAAUCAUUAACCAAUGGCAACAGGAAUCCAAGGAUAAAGUGAUUUCCCUUCUGUUAACUCACCUGCCUUUGCUGAAGCCAGGAAACCUCGACGCAAAAGUAGAGUAUAUGAAACUGCUGCCCAAGAUCCUGGCGCACUCUAUCGAACACAACCAGCACAUUGAGGAGAGCAGGCAGCUGCUGUCCUAUGCUUUGAUCCACCCGGCCACUUCCCUAGAAGACCGAAGUGCUCUAGCCAUGUGGCUGAAUCAUUUGGAGGACCGUACAUCGACCAGCUUUGGUAGCCAGAACCGAGGCCGCUCGGACUCUGUGGAUUAUGGACAGACGCACUACUAUCACCAAAGACAGAACUCAGACGACAAGCUCAAUGGAUGGCAGAACUCUCGGGAUUCUGGGAUUUGCAUCAAUGCCUCCAGCUGGCAGGACAAAAGCCUGGGGUGUGAGAAUGGCCACGUGCCCCUCUACUCUUCCUCAUCUGUCCCUACUACAAUCAACACGAUUGGAACCAGCACAAGUACGAUUCUCUCAGGCCAGGCACACCACAGCCCUUUGAAACGAUCUGUAUCCCUUACCCCACCCAUGAAUGUGCCAAACCAGCCUCUAGGACAUGGAUGGAUGUCUCAUGAGGACUUACGAGCUAGAGGACCCCAGUGCCUCCCAUCCGAUCAUGCCCCCCUGUCUCCACAAAGCAGUGUAGCCUCUUCAGGAAGUGGUGGGAGUGAACACUUAGAAGAUCAGACCACUGCUCGUAACACAUUCCAAGAAGAAGGUAGUGGUAUGAAAGAUGUUCCAGCUUGGUUAAAAAGCCUCCGCCUGCACAAAUAUGCUGCGCUGUUCUCACAGAUGACCUACGAGGAGAUGAUGGCCCUCACCGAGUGUCAACUGGAGGCUCAGAAUGUUACCAAAGGUGCAAGACACAAAAUUGUCAUCAGUAUUCAGAAGCUCAAAGAAAGACAAAACCUCCUGAAGUCUUUGGAAAGGGACAUCAUCGAAGGGGGCAGCCUGCGCAUCCCCCUCCAGGAGCUGCAUCAGAUGAUCCUGACGCCCAUCAAGGCCUACAGCUCUCCCAGUACCACUCCUGAGGCGCGCCGCCAUGAGCCUUCCCUGAUGGGCCCGGAGAAUCCCAGCACCGACGGCAAAGAUAGUGCCACGGUGGCCAACAGCGUCACAGCCAGUGCCUCAGCCGGCGCCAGCGGUGGGCUGCAACCACCCCAGCUGAGCAGCUGCGAUGGAGAGCUGGCUGUUGCCCCUCUGCCAGAGGGGGACCUCCCUGGGCAGUUCACGCGCGUCAUGGGGAAAGUGUGCACACAGCUCCUGGUCUCCAGACCCGAUGAGGAAAACAUAAGUUCCUAUCUCCAGCUCUUAGACAAGUGCCUCGUACAUGAGGCAUUUACAGAGACACAGAAAAAAAGACUGUUGUCAUGGAAACAGCAGGUGCAGAAGCUCUUUCGGUCUUUCCCUCGGAAAACCCUUCUAGACAUAUCAGGAUAUCGACAGCAAAGAAAUCGUGGCUUUGGGCAGUCCAACUCCCUCCCGACAGCCAGCUCAGUGGGCGGCGGCAUGGGCAGACGGAACCCACGACAGUACCAGAUUGCCUCUCGGAAUGUCCCUUCUGCUCGACUUGGUCUCUUGGGCACCAGUGGAUUCGUCAGCUCUAACCAGCGCCACACCGCUGCCAACCCCACCAUUAUGAAACAAGGAAGACAGAACCUCUGGUUUGCCAACCCCGGGGGCAGCAACAGCAUGCCCAGCCGUACCCACAGCUCCGUCCAGAAGACCCGCUCACUGCCCGUGCAUACUUCCCCACAAAACAUGCUGAUGUUCCAGCAACCAGAAUUCCAGCUUCCUGUGACUGAACCUGACAUCAACAACAGGCUGGAGUCCCUGUGCCUCAGUAUGACGGAGCAUGCCCUGGGAGAUGGGGUUGACCGGACCUCCACAAUCUAGAAACUGAAGAGGAGAGUGACCGCGCUGGCCGUGAAAUCGACUGCUGCGGGCCCAGUGUCAGCCAUCUUCAGGGUUGCAUAGAAUCUUCCAAGACACUUUGCAGCCUUUUUCCCCCUGGUCCCUCGCCCAUUUUGAUUUUGUGAGAGCGUAGGUCAUCCUUGUAAACAUAUCAGUAGACCUGGGGUUGGUUAUGUUGUCAUUUGUUUCUGUCAUGGGAUGGGACGGUAUGCAGGGUGGGGAGGGGACUUGAGGGAAAUGUGGGGAUGGGAGGGGGUGGAGGGAUGCUAGUGGCUUCCUGGAUGGAAAUGGGGUGGGGAAGAGUGUGGCUAGGAGAGACACACAGGAGGAAGGGAGCAGCCCUGCCCUAGGGAACCUCCUCAAAAGCCUGGCUUCAUAGUCAGGCUGCAGAAGACGGAGGAUACAAGCAACCAGAGCAAGAUGGCAGCUGGCCUGUUUGUGUCUCCCCUGACUGGAUUUCCCUGAGGCCCUGCGUGAAACAGCCACGAGAGAGGGCCGUACAGCAGUAAGGGCAAGAGGAUGAAAUUCCCUCCAGCAAACUUUCAGAUAAACUUUGAUUUGUGUAUUGUUUACAUAAGAAUUUUAAAGGGUACAUAAUGUGUAGCAUUUGGGUAGAACUCUUCAUACUAUAUGGGUUUUGUUUUGUUUUUGUAAAAGACUGAUUAUUGUUAUGGAUUCAUUUUGUUUCAUCUAUUUUUAUAAUAGUAGCAGGGUUGUCUUUUAAAAUGGCUGCCAAGCUCUGCUUCUCGGGAAGAUGGAUGCAGUCAAGGAGGCCUGGAGUUGCCAUCCUCCCACCACGAGGUGGGAGGAGUGUGUGGAUGGAUUUGAAGGGCGAGGACGUGGCCGUGACGCAGCUCUAGGCAAGGACAUAAAGAUGGUGGCACCAUGUGAUCAGUUAUGGAUUUGCUCAUUGGUCACCCAGAGAUGAUGAACUUUGCAACCCCUUUCUGGGCUGGAUCUACAUCCCUCCUGAGGCCUGUCUUGCUUUCCACCAUCCCCACAGGCUCCAUCCUACCCCCCCACCCCCCCACCCCCGUCUCACUCCACAGACACGCAAGUGGGUACAAGUCCUUCUAGAGGUCUCCCACGCAGAGCAUUUGCAAUAGAGAGACCUCGCAGGAGCCUGUGCCUGGGAACUGUAUCCCUUUUACUCCAUCUCUGCUGAAGAAGAAUGGUCCAGCAAUAGUGACAGAGAGACAGACCAGUGCAGAGAGGCAGAGGCUCCACCAUCCAAGGCGGGCAGUGAAGCAGAAGCAGGAAAGGUCAAAUGGGUGAGAGAAACAGUGGUUCUGUCCAUGCAUGUGAGUCAGAGACUGGCUGUAUUGUGGGGUGGUUUAUCCAGCCUACAUAGGAAAGGGAAAACACACAUGUACCCAGUACACAAUGAGAGAUCCGCUGUGGCACCACAGGGUAAUAGCUCUAUUUCUUAAGGGCAACAAAGACAGUAUUUCAGAAUUUGAUGCAAUGGAGGAUAUUAUAGGAAAUCAAAAAGGAAUUGUGCACGGCACUGGGAAAUUAGUUGUGUAAGUGUGAUGGUAUGAGUGCUUAGCCAGAGGCGUGAUCUAGGAGGUAAUAUACUAAUAGAUGGCCCGUUUAUUAAAUGGGCAAGACCGACGCCUCUCUAAAAAAAAAAUAAUAAAAUAAAAAAAAGAAAAGAAAAAAAAAGAAAAUGUGAUGUCUAAGUCAAAAUUAAAGGGAUCAGACCAUGAAAUGGUGGUACCUUGCCUAUGGUUAUUUUUUCAAGUUAAUGAAGGGUAUCCAGACUUUAAAGGCCUUAGUAAAGAUCCACACAACUUUGUUUGCCUGUCAAGAUUACAAAUGUAAACCCAGCCCAGCCUUGGAUGCUUGCAACAGAGAUCUUGAAGUCUUUUGACAGUCCAAAAAGCCAAGGGCACGGUAAGCAGAUAGAGAGAGCUUUUAGUGAGCAUGGAAGGCUUGGAUGCACUAUCCUGUGCAGCCCAUUACAACAGCAGUAACAAAAGAUUCAGGCCAACUCCACGGGUGACCAGGUCUUGAAGAUGCAAAUUCAUGCGCAGAAGGAGGCAGCAUGUUUCGUUUAUAUAUAUUUAUAUACAUAUAUAUAUAAAUGUUUUUAACCAAGUGCCAUUAACACUCAUCCCUCACGUCCCUUUUCCAAACAAGUUCAAUGUUGGGGAAGGAACUGGGAUGGAGGAUCACAUGUAAGUCAGAAUAGGCCAAAAUGUCGAAGGGCCAAAGGUAAGGCCAGAGGGUCUGAGGAUGUGUUUGGAGGAUGCUGAGGAGGAAUAGAGAGGAACAACAGGAUUCCUCAUCUUAUAGGAAGGAAAGGGUGUCGGAUCUGCCAUGAAUCCAUAAGGACAAGGCUACUCAGAAACCUGAUUGUAAACACAAUCACAUGAGCGUGAAUCUUCGAAAAAGAAGACCACAGAGUAUUUGCAAAUCUGAAUUUCUAUUUAUUCCUUCAUUGAAUAUAGAAACAAUGGCUAUCUGAUUAUUAGAGAUAUUAUUUUGGAUAUGUUACUUAUUAACUCGCUAUGGCUGGUAACCAUGAUAAAGUCUGUUAUUAGUAACAACAUAAUUCUUUUUUUUUAAAAAAAGAAAACAAAGGAAAGCUUAUUUUUCAUUGAUUGUAUAGAUUUAUCUACUUAGUUGUGGUUUGCUAUGUUGAUGUUUUUUUUAAGUUUUCUGAUGAUUUUAAGAGCCUCUUCCCACCUUGUUUUGAGUCCUGUGUUGACUGCAGGUAUACAGCUCAAUUUAAAAAUCCUAAAGCAAAGGAAUCUUAUUUAUAAAAAGGGUCAAACAGUUGCAUGCCUGAGGCUGAGGUUAGACCUUUAGGGAUAAGCUGCAGUGCCUUUUUGUAUUUACCCACUGACACCCUCUCCCCCACCCCCACCGCCAUGCAGCUGUUUUAUAUAAACAGGAAAGGUUUAAAACUUUCACAGUAAAAUCUAUUUCACUGCAUAGGUUCCCCCCACCCACCCCUUGCUCUGAUUUAAGCAGCAUGUCUCUGCACUGUCUGAGGCACAGUGCUGGUCUCCAGCAUCAUGGGUGAUGUUUUAUUGGUGCUUUUUACUCACAGUGUUUUCUUACCAGAAAACAGUAGGAAGAAACACACAAACUGUGUACAAGACACGAAACAUUGCUGCUGAUGGUGUUUGGUUUGGUUUGGUUUGGUUUGGUUUGGUUUUCUCCUUCCCCGCCACGAACUUUUGAGUUUCACUUUUGAAAACACAAAUCGAGCAGACGGACUAGAUGCUGCUGGGUCUGCCUGCCAAGGGCUGCUGUUUGCACCACGCUCUCAGGCCCUGGGUUGAACUGAGUGAAGAUUCAAGGUCUUUUUCUGCUCCCCGGGAUGGGGGCUGCAGCUGAGCCCCACCUCUUCCCGUUCUUCCAAGGCGACACUGAGGGAAACUAGAUUUCCUUUUGAGGUGUCGCUGGAUGCCUUUUACAGAAUGGGAGUCUUCUCCGGGUCUUUUGUUCUUCUGUGCCUCUUGUAGUUAGUGCUCAUGUAAGGUUUGUAGAUCUGUGCACCCCAGAGCCUGGGCUGAGGGCUGAGUUAGGAAGUAGAGGAAAGUGGGUUGCCUUUCCACUAGAGCCUAAGUCGGGGGGGGGGGG